AUGGUUUCUGCGAUGAUGCUCAACGGGGCCAUCACCUGCCCCAAGGGGCUCGGGCUUCCUGGUUUCAAUAGAUCAAUUCAUCGCCCCAAUUUGGUCUCCGUGUCCCCAACUACUACUAGGGCGAUGCCGUCGCCGAGGCUCUCGGUGGCAACCAGAUGCAGCGUGUCGGCGUCACGGCCAUCGGCGCAACCUAGGUUCAUCCAGCACAAAAAGGAGGCUUACUGGUUCUACAGGUUCUUAUCCAUCGUUUACGACCACAUCAUCAAUCCGGGCCACUGGACGGAGGAUAUGAGGGACGACGCUCUCGAGCCGGCGGAUCUCAGCCAUCCGGACAUGCGCGUGGUCGAUGUCGGCGGCGGAACCGGAUUCACUACCCUGGGCAUCGUCAAGACAGUCAACGCUAAGAAUGUGACCAUCCUGGACCAGUCGCCGCAUCAGCUGGCCAAGGCGAAGCAGAAGGAGCCGUUGAAGGAGUGCAAGUUCGUGGAAGGAGACGCUGAGGAUCUCCCUUUUCCCACUGAUUACGCCGACAGAUACGUCUCUGCUGGAAGCAUUGAGUACUGGCCAGACCCUCAGAGAGGGAUAAGGGAAGCGUACAGAGUGCUCAAGAUCGGUGGGAAAGCAUGCCUCAUUGGCCCUGUCUACCCAACCUUCUGGCUCUCUCGCUUCUUUGCUGAUGUUUGGAUGCUUUUCCCCAAGGAGGAAGAGUACAUUGAUUGGUUCACCAAAGCUGGUUUCAAGGACGUCCAGCUCAAGCGGAUCGGCCCCAAGUGGUACCGUGGUGUCCGCCGGCACGGUCUCAUCAUGGGUUGCUCCGUCACCGGUGUCAAACCUGCCUCCGGUGACUCUCCUCUCCAGAUUGGUCCAAAGGAAGAGGAUGUGGAGAAGCCUGUGAACAACCCCUUCGCCUUCUUGGGACGCUUCCUCUUGGGAACCCUAGCCGCUGCCUGGUUCGUGUUCAUCCCAAUCUACAUGUGGAUCAAGGAUCAGAUCGUUCCCAAAGAUCAACCCAUCUGA